UAAUUAUCAAAUAUAAUGAAAUCUUCCAUGAAUACCAUUUGCAGUAGAAUGAAUUCCCAAUUUACUGCCAUUUAUUCGAUAAUAUUUGUUCUGAUGAUUAUUAAUGGAUUCAUAUCAUUGCCUAAUUGUGGAAUUAGGAUUUCAAAUGCUGCUGGUACAAAUCGUAAAGUGAGCUCAUCUAUCAGUUGUUAUACAUGCAAUAGUCGUAAUGAGACAGAUAUCAAUUGUCAUGAUCCAUUCAAUCCGGCAAUGUCAAAAUAUGUGGAAAAUUGUAAAGUGCCCAAACAGAAUCAUAUUGGUGUAUUUCCAGCUAGAUUCUGUGUAAAAGUCAUAGGCAAAACAGUCGAAACCGACGAAUCAUUAGUGAUUCGAGCUUGUGCUCUCGAAUCAAUGGACAACCAAUGUGGUAAAUUUAAAUUCGAGGGUUCUCUUUACGCUGGUUGCAUAUUAACCUGUGAUUAUGAUGGAUGUAAUCAUGUUGAUGCUUUUGUCGAUUCGGAUCGCUUUUUCACAGGAAAUCCUGCAGCUGUUAUCGUAUUGCCAUGUGAUGAUUAUCUUUCCGAUGAAACUAAACAAAAAAUUGCAGCUGAAUUCAAUCUUAGCGAAACGGUUUUUGUUUCUUCAAUAGAUGCUCAAACAUCAUUAUGGUCGAUUCGUUGGUUUACGCCAAAAGCCGAAGUAAAACUUUGCGGACAUGCUACAGUAGCUGCUUCAUAUGUAUUGGCAAAGAUAAAAGGUGAAAAAAUUUUGCGAUACGAAAACGAAUUCAAUAAGAAACUUGACGCUAUAUACCAUGAAGAUGAUUCGAUUGAGUUGGAUUUUCCGAGUAAUGAACCACAAGAAAUAGAAGACAGUAAUUGGUUGCAACAAAUCAAAGAAGCUGUUGUCGGUGAAAAUCAUUUGGACCGUAUUGAAUCCAUUCAUUAUUCAAUGACAACUGGUAAACUGUUGAUACGCUUGCUAGAUACUGAAACCGAAGAUUAUCUGCAUGAAAUACAACCAAAUUUUCAGCGAUUGCUCCAAAUCAAUACAGAAAAUCAGAUCAAAGGUGUCAUCGUGACACAAAAACCGAACAAUUUAGGUAAAGACGGAAUUCACUUUAGGUCACGUUAUUUUGCACCUUGGGUAGGUAUUAAUGAAGAUCCGGUUACUGGAUCGGCUCAUACAGUGCUAACACCAUUCUGGUCUCGAUGCUAUCAAACCGAAUGUGAUCAAACGGUAGAAGAAUUCAAAGCUAAACAAAGUUCGCGACGAACCGGUAUACUGAUCUGUCGGCUGAAAAUUGACAGUGACAAUAAUCCCCGAGUAUCGAUCAAAGGAAAGGCUAAAAUAUUCUGUCAUGGAAAUAUUUUAUCAGUUCAACAAAACCACCAAAUUUGACUUUCGAAUGAAUUAAAGCAGAGUUAGUAGUUAUAUAAAGAAUUGAUAAUAAAAUUCUCUUAAAACA